AAAUAUUUCCACAUUCUCGUCCCAAGUCAAAAAAGUCAAAACCCUGCCCCAAUUCCCCCCAAUUCCUCCCCUCUUCCAAAAACCCUAGCUUUUGGCAAUGGAGGAACCCAACCAAAAUGACCAGCCUACCCUCUCCAAAAGCGCGCGAAAGAAGCUCGCCAAGCAACAGCGGCAAGCAGAGCGCAAGGCCGAGAGAAAAUCGCAGGAAAAGGAGCGAAAACGGAAGGAUUUGGAGCGUCGGAGGAGAGAGUGGGAGGAGAAACUGAGCAGCGCAGCGUCGGAGGAGGAGAGAACGAGGAUGAUCGAGGAGCGAAAGGAGACGAGAAAGGAGAGGAUGGGGAAGAGAGCCGAGGAGAGAGGAAUGAGAGCUGAGAGGUUGAAGAAAGCCAAAGAAAUUGGGCAGAAGGUUGUUAUUGAUCUGGAGUUCGCGGAGCUGAUGACUUCGAAUGAGAUCCAUAGCUUAGUGCAGCAGGUUAUGUAUUGCUAUGCAGUGAAUGGAAGAUGUGCUUCACCAGCUCAUCUCUGGUUGACAGGAUGCACCGGAGAAAUGGAAACCCAGUUACAAAAAAUUCCUGGAUUUGAUAAGUGGAUCAUUGAAAAGGAGGCCAAAUCUUAUAUUGAAGCUUUACAAGACCAGAAAGAGAAUCUUGUCUAUCUAACAGCAGAUGCUGAAACCGUUCUCAACGAGCUUGAUCCAAUGAAAAUUUAUAUUAUCGGUGGAUUAGUUGAUCGGAAUCGGUGGAAAGGAAUAACCAUGAAGAAAGCAAAUGAGCAGGGAAUUCAAAGUGCAAGACUGCCAAUUGGGAAUUAUCUUAAGAUGUCGAGCUCUCAGGUUCUUACCGUCAACCAAGUGGUGGAGAUACUUCUGAAGUUUUUGCAAACAAGAGACUGGAAAGAUGCAUUCUUUCAGGUGAUUCCACAAAGAAAAAGAGAUGAAGGCAAAGGUGAUGCUGAGACGGAAGAAACUGGAGAUGAGAAUGCUGAAGAUCCUGCAGAACUUGUUGCAGCAGAUGAAGAUGCAUUGGAAGUAGAAGGUGCUGAUAAUCUAGAAAUAGAAGAAGAUGCUGAUGAUGAUCAAGAUAUUGAUCCUUUUGUUAAGAAAAAGCAACGUUUGGAAAAAUCUGACAAUGAUGCCGGAAGAGCAAUUGAAGAAGAGACGAAUGGCAUGAGAAAUGAAUCUCAGUAGAACAACACUACUUGCGCCUUGAUUUCUGGUUGGGGUUUAAUUUUGGAUGUUUGACAUCUAGCUUUAGGGGCUGUUUGGUUGUUGUUGGUAAAGUUGUGUUUUUAUGACACAACUUGGAAAGUUGUUGU